ACCAAUUAAUCGUCAGCGUUUCUCUCAGAGCUGUCUCGUGAUUGGUUUCUGAUAUUAGUAGAAGGCAACAUUGCGCUCACUAAAGACAGUUGUAUUAUGAAAAAUUUGCGCUGAAAUUGUGGAAAAUGUUUCAGCUAAGUUUAAUGAUAUAUUUAUUUAGUAGCUUGAACGGAAUUUCUUUAGAAAUACUAACGGAUGAUGAGACGAUAGAACAGGCUCUCCACUACGUGUUCCAACUUCAGGCGAGUAACUGCGGAGAUCUGGUAAUAGGGGACGUGCUACCUCUACAGUUCGAUGUGACCGCCUGGGAUCAAUAUGCGGACCCUGCUAUUAGGACUGCGAAUUUGUUAUCGAAAGUUCUCGAAAGAAACAAUGGAUCUCUAGACUCAUUGACAGAUGACUUCUUCUUUCUAAUGGUCAGAAACAAUGUGCACGGAGAUUCGCUUAUUUUUGGAUCUGCACUUGCAUUUGAGAAAGGCGUAUACAGUAAAUACGAGCUGUUUGCGCCAUUUGCCUACAAGAGUAAUAACACAGUUCGAUCCCAUGACCUUUCUGUCAAUUAUUACUACCUUGAUCCGGAUAGAGAAUGGUACAAUAGUGUCAAGGUCAAAGACAAGACAAAUAUAACCAUGUCGACAGACGGCAUUCAAUAUAGGGAAGGUGACAACCUACUUCCUGAAGUAGAGGAAGUGUAUCCUGUAGCGUCUCUAGCUGAUGGGCAUUGGACCAAUCCUUACUAUAACUGCGGGGGUGGAGAAAUAUGGAUGGUUACCUACUCAGCGCCUAUAUUAAAACUAAAAGAUGGAGUAGCUAUUUUUCAAGGUGUAGCUACAAUAGAUAUAGAACUGACAAAUAUCGACAUUAAUCAGUGCGAUAGUGAUGAUUCAAAGUCAACAUCCGGUCUAGAUGUAUUCCGUGGAACACACAAGUGUCAGCCUACAACCACGUGUGUUCCUGUGACAGGUAUGGGAUUUAUGCCUGGUGCAUAUCGCUGUGUAUGUAACGAUGGGUUCUUCUUCCCGAGACUUAAUUCUGACAUUCGAGCCUAUAGAGGAGAGGAGAUCGAGAACUGGACAAGGUUUUCAAAUGACUCGUUAGACGCAGGAAUGUUCCGUUGUGUUGCGUGCUCAGCCGGAUGUGACACGUGUAUCGACGAUUCCCCAUGUUUACAUCAGCGUAACGAGGCACUGAUGAUUUCACUUUUGAUUUUAAAUCUACUGGCUGUCGCGGGAAUAGUUGGUAUUGCUGUAGGAACGUAUUUAUACAGAAAUGAAACGGUAAUGAAGUCAGCAAGUCCAAUUUUCCUUGAACUCAUGUGCCUUGGAGGCGUGCUGAUUUGUACUCAGUUUUUCCUGCAUUAUCCAGAAAGUUCUAUCACAACAUGCAGCAUCCGUAUUUGGCCACGUCACCUGGGUUUCUUCGUUAUGUAUGGCUCUCUCGUCUUGAAGACAUGGAGAAUUUCUAUGAUAUUCACUGUCGGAACACACAAGCGGGUACGGCUACCGGAUAAGAUACUUUUACAACGAUUUUGUCUGCUUCUUCUGCUUGUGGUCGCUGUCCUGAGUGCUUGGAACGCUAGCCAGCCACCUAAAAUCGAAACAUUGAAAACAUCAGAGGACCUGAAGUUUUUUAUUUGCGAGUUUGGGCCGUGGCAGUAUGCUUUGAUUGGAGCUGAGAUAGUGUUCCUGUUGUAUGGUGUAUACCUAUGUUUUACAGUACGUAAAGCCCCAGCCCAUUUCAACGAGAGCAAACAUAUUACCUGGGCUGUCUACAAUGCUAUCAUUCUUGGAAAUGUCAUGUCAUUUAUGUCGCGUUUGUUCAUCUCAGUUAUUGGCCCAGACUAUAUGCUAUUAUUCCAGUUUGCACAGCCACAGGUGUAUGCCACAUUUACACUUCUCAUUAUUUUUGGACCAAAGGCAUGGGCCAUAAUGAAGAAGAUCGAGAUUGAACAGAGCAACCCGGUCCUUGCCACCCAACAUAAUACCAUACAGUCAAUCACAGGGAGGAUAAAGAAAAAUCAAGUUGCUGCACUACCGACAGUUUUGAAGGCAGACGUUGCUACACAAACAGAUUAAAACGUUCGGAUAAAUAUGAUCAGGAUAUUAAUAAAUUGGAACUGCAGUUCAUACAGAUUCAAUUUAGAAAAAAUACAAUGACAAUGGUUAAAAAUAACACAAUCUCCCUAAAAAAAAACCUUUCAGGUGUGCAU